AUCCUCCUUUUAUAAUAAAAGAAAAGAGAAUUAUCUGACACAGCAACCCAUCAAAAUUUAAAAAAAAAAAAAAAAAAAAAGCUGCUGCAGCUUGGAUAGGUGGAUAUUCCUUGGUUCAAGGCGUUGCCCAUUUGUUCAUAUUUAUUAAAAUUAAUUUCUCCCACUCUGUAUUCAUUUUUAGUUCUUUACAGGCAUCUGGGUCUGGCGUCAUAGCUAUUCUCUUCUCUGCUGGACCCGCAUUUUGCUCUCUCUUUCGUUCCAAAGCUAUAAUUUAGGUGUCAAAGAUAAGCUAUGAGUGGUAAACAAGUUGUUGGUGGUCCAAGCCAUGAUAGCGGUGGAGUUGGAAAGAAAGUUGCAGCCAUGCAGUUGGAAAGGGAGGUUAUGCUAGGGGAUAUAAUUUGGGUAAAGCUCCAGAGUAACUCAUGGUGGCCUGCACAGGUUGUUGAUGAGAACACUGUUAGUGAAAGCAAUAAACCUGAUGAUAAAGCAGUGGGAGCUGCUCUAGUCAGGCUUUAUGGAACCUAUGAGUAUUUGUAUGUGGAUCUUAUUAAAAGCCGCUUGGAGUUUCAGAUAGUACUUGAACAGAAUAAUGGUUCUCAUCGUGAAAUAUUUGAGAAAGCUUUGGAGCAGGAGUGUUCUCGCAUGAAAUCUGGUAGAUCAAAAGGAAAACAAUCCAAAUCUACAGGAAAUGUUGUGAAACCAAAUAGGUCUAGAGCUAAGAAGGAUACAAAAGACAGGACCCCUCAGAAAAUCCAGGUGCUAAAGAAACAAAAGCUUGAAAGCCCCAACUCUGGAACAAAUAUAUUGAGGAAAUCUCAUGAGCUAAGUGCGCGGAGACUGAGAGUGAUGCAAAGUCUCGGUCUGAUUGCACCUUCUGGGUCUCCAUUCAGUAAAAAUGGACAAAUUUCUGUGAGCUUGUGAUAAAUUUGAUUGCAGGAAGUAUUCUCGUCGUGUCAUCAUAAUAUCCAGUAAACUUUACCUUGCUUAACGCCCUUGUAGUUGUAGAUAUUGAAAUGCUGUGCAAUUUCAACCUUUUUUUUCCUUUGACGUCAAUGGUUUGGCUAACUUGAGAGGCGAUAUUUUUCUUUUGAGUGUGUGUUUAGGUAUGAAAGCAUUUCUACUUUCAUAUCUAUACAAUUUUUGCUGGUGGAAGUUUUUCUGCUAGAAUGCUACUGUAACAAACUGUGUAAUCCCAUUUCUCAUUUAGUUGUUAACUUGGAUUUCUCCA